ACAUGCUGUGAGUUCCGGAAGUGUCAAGAGUGGCUGUCAUCCGUGGGUUACAUAAAACGCAAGGCUCGCAGAGCUCCUGCAAAUUAUGGCCGCGAGGACUCAAGAUCUGCCCCCAAAGGGGGGCUAUGCGUCCAUUCCGUACAAGAGAAUACCACCCAAGUCAUACUUCAAAGGACCCGCGAUAUUUGCAGGAUUCAUAGGUAUCUCCACAGUUUCUUUCUACCUGUACGGCCUGAAUUACAAGAGAGUCGAGAGAGAGGAAAUCGAGAUGCGCUCUGCCCGGAAUGCUAUUUUGCCUCUGCUCAAGGCGGAACGUGAUCGCGAGUACCUGAAGCAGUUGCGCAGGAAUCGCGACGAGGAGGCCGAACUGAUGAAGAAUGUGAAGGGAUGGGAGGUGGGCACUUGGUAUGGUGAGCCUGUCUUCAAGACUCUCCCGAAGGACGCCUUGGUCGAACCAAUGUUCAAGGAGUUCUACGUUCAUGCACCAGAGAAAGCUGCAGCUGAGAGGGCUUACGUGAAGCUCUGGAAUUAAAUUGUUCAGAUACUAGUAGAGAAUUUGCAAUAAAAUAUUGUGACGAGA